CUUGCAACCAAUUUCAUAUCCACACAACAAACUCACAAAACAUUGUUCUACGAGUCCAAUCAAGAGUUUUCUUUUCCCUAAAAUCUUUUCUUUCGUUAUUAAACUUGUUUAAACAACGUAAAGAAGAAAUCUAAAGAGUAGUUGCUCCUAGUCCUGAUACCACAUAGAAUACAACAAUGGAGAUGAUAACUAAGAUGGUGUUGGAGAGACCAGUGGUGAUAUACAGCAAAAGCUCAUGUUGUAUGUCUCACACGGUCAAGACUUUGCUCUGCGAUUUUGGAGCGAAUCCAGCGGUUUACGAGCUAGACGAGGUGUCUAGAGGAAGGGAGAUUGAGCAGGCGCUCUUGAGGCUCGGGUGUGGCCCAGCGGUUCCGGCUGUUUUUAUCGGAGGAGAGUUAGUCGGUGGAGCCAACGAGGUCAUGAGUCUACACCUUAACGGGUCCUUAAUCCCUAUGCUUAAGCAAGCUGGUGCAUUGUGGGUUUGACUUAAUAUAUAACUAACAAGUUUACUUAACCCUAUAAGUUAAGUACGCAGAAUAAUGUUUUUUUUUUAAUUUCAACACAUCUAUGAUCUUUGACAUGGUGAUAUGAUGAGUCCACGUCAGAUCAAUAAUCAGGGUGUUGUCUUCUUACUGUAUUUUUGUGAACUUUUCUUAUUGUACUUCUGAGGGUACUUACUUAAUACUAAGUUUAAGUAAGCAGAGUAAUGUUUUAAGUUUUUAA